AUGCUCGAACGGGCGCGGCUGCAAGGCGCGACUGAUCCGCGAGAUAAGGUUUUCGGCCUGCGGGUCUCAGCAACGCCGUACACGGCAUCCGCCCAGACUACAGCCUAACCAAGCACCAGCUCUACACGUCUACGGCGCGUAAAAUGAUGCGGCGGACUUUGACGUACCUCACCGCGGUCGAAUCGCUGGAUCGCGAUGUGGGAUGCCACCACCUGCCUUCCUGGGUGGCUGAUCUCACCACCAACCAGCAGCAUCACAUAGCCGCCAUGCGCUACCAGUCCGGCACUUUUUGCGCCCACGAGGGUUUCCCAGCUCUCGAGGAGGGGCGGGGAGAGCCGCGUUGGCAGCAGGACGACUCGGAUCCCGUGCUUGUAAUUAGGGGCCGGCGCGUCGGGCACAUUACCGAAGUUAAGAAUGUUCCCCUCAACAACGACACGUGGGUGGGGGGCUACAAAGAGGGAACAAUUCGCCUGUUCGGAUACGAAGCUGCUGGGGUGCGACACAACAUCGGCGACGGCGGAAGCGGGCCUAUCACUAUUAGGGGCGAGAGCUGGCAACCUUGCAAAGCGAAUGUUGGAGACAUGAUUAUUGUUUCGCCAGGUUCUUACUUUCCUCUAGUGCUUAGGCGUGUGGAUGACAAAGUGCUCCUUGUAGGGGCAUGUAAGCAAAUCGACUCGGAGCUCCAAACCGUUGAGCAGUUUUGGAAGUCGGAAAAGGUUCAAAUCGACCCCGGCUAUUCGCCGAUAAUGUUUGGCAGCGCUUGUUUAGGGAUGAAGUCUUUCGACGUGGAAUUCUUUCACAUUUAUUAAUUUGACGACACGUUUUUUGUUAUCAAAAAAAAAAGAAGAAGAAAAAAGUGGGGAAGG